ACAGUCUUCCCCCGGCAACCCGGCCGCGUUGCCAUAGUGACGGGAGGCACGGAGGGAAUCGGCUUGGCGACCUCCAAGCGCCUGGCGCUCCUGGGCAUGCAUGUGAUCAUAGUGGAGUUCUCCUACUGCGACCUGGCGUCCAUGCGUUCCAUCCGGGAAUUCGUCCUCAAGUUCAAGGAGAAGAAAUUGCCUCUCCACGUGCUGAUCAAUAAUGCCGGCGUGAUGAUGGUCCCCCAGAGGGAGACGGCGGACGGGUUUGAGGAACACUUCGGCCUGAACUACCUGGGUCACUUCCUGCUCACCAACCUGCUCCUGGACACCCUGAGGGAGUCGGGGUGCCCCGGCCGCAGCGCCCGGGUGGUGAGCGUGUCGUCGGCGACGCACUACGUCGGGGAGCUGGCCCUGGACGACCUUCAGAGCAGGUGGGUGCAGGUGGGCGUCCGUCCGUCCGUCCGGACAGCGAUGCUUUGAGUUCAAGGUCACCUGGCCCUGCAGACACUCGGACACUCCGGGCUCCGCCCUCCUGAUCAGAUCGACGGUUGUUCAUGUCACCA